CAAACAUUACAGCAAACAAACCAGACACGUAGCUCUUCAUUCGCCUCUCUCUGCGCUCACAACCAUCGUGUUACGCUCGCAUCAAUUUCGCCCACCAGCACCAAGAUCAAAGAUAACACAUGGAAGCCGCCGCAGAAACACAAAACGAUCUAGUCAAUCUGCUCAACGAAAAAAACAUCGCACUUACCGAGACUAAAGUCGCUGCCGCCCAGAGCGCCGAAGUUGUCAACAUGAUCAUCGACGAAAAUAUCCAACUCAAGACAGAAGUCCAGCGCCUUCGGGAGGAGAUCAAGGACCUCAGAACCAAGCUGUGGAAUGCUACCGUGGAGGAACGUAAGAUGGAUGCUGGUCGUGUGCGCGACGUCUUGGGAGUUCUUUGAUGAGUUGGUCAGCCUGCUAUCAAGAAAUUCAGGGAUUGACAAGAGCCAUCUCGAGAUCUUUGAAUCGAGAAUUCCAACAUGAUCGCUCAUAACUCCUCGUGCGGCGACCGUUUUUGAUUUUCCAUAGUCUUACUCGUACCUGAAUCGGUUCAUACAACUUCCAACGAAAAUGCCCCGUUU